AUGGCUUUCAACCGCCCCGGCAUCGCCUCCAUGUCCCUGGGUCGACCAUGGGUACACGAUCUUCCCGGCAAGCUCAUGCAAGCCGCCGCCCACGGCUUCGAGGGCAUUGAACUCUUCUUCGACGACCUAGACUGCUACGCCCAGCGAGUCUUUGCUGGCGACCACCAUGAAGCUGCUCGCUCUACCCGGCGCAUCUGUGACCGUCUCGGCAUGACCAUCAUCUGCCUGCAGCCCUUUUCCAUGUAUGAAGGUCUCAUCGACCGCAGCGAGUCAGACCGACUUGUCAACGAGAAGCUUCCCAAGUGGUUCACCCUGGCGCGGGCGCUAGGCACUGAUAUGAUCCAGGUCCCGUCCAACUUCCUUGGACCGGACCCUGAGACCGGUGCCGCUCGUACCACCGGUGAUCGCGCUGUGAUCGUUCGUGACCUCCAGCGCUUGGCGGACCUUGGUGCCGGCGCCGGGUUCCGCUUCGUCUACGAGGCUCUGUGCUGGGGUGAUCAUGUCAACACCUGGGAGGCCUCGUGGGAAAUUGUUCGUGAUGUCAACCGUCCUAACUUUGGUCUUUGCCUCGACUCAUUUAACAUUGCUGGGCGUGUGUAUGCGGAUCCUGCAUCGCCCUCUGGCUGCACACCGAAUGCCGCUGCUGAUCUGGCUGCCUCGCUGCAACGUUUGCGCACGGCGAACAUCGACCCGGCCAAGAUUUUCUAUGUUCAGCUCGUCGACGGUGAGCGUCUCUCUGCUCCUCUGGACGAGAAGCACCCCUUCCACGUCGCUGGCCAGCCUACCCGCAUGAACUGGUCCCGCAACGCCCGUCUGUUCCCCUUCGAAGAAUCCCGUGGCGGAUAUCUUCCCAUUGUGGACAUUGCUCGCGUCUUCUUCGAGGACCUCGGUUUCCGCGGCUGGGUUUCCCUUGAAUUGUUCAGUCGCACUCUUGGCGAAACCGAUGCCUUUGUUCCCGCUGACCAUGCCCGCCGCGGUAUUGACUCAUAUAACAAAAUGGCCCACGUUCUGGGCUGGGAGGAGCCCACGGAGAAGAUCUCCGCGUGCAUCCCAGCACCUGAAUCGCCCGUUCAACACCGUCUUUAA